AUGGUGUCCGAAACGAAGCCGCUCCUCUCGGAGGACACUCCUGGCGCACUCUUCACUCGCGCCCUCCCCUCGAGCUCCUCUUCCACAUCGACCCUCCCGCAAGCGAUAGCGCACCGCGGCUACAAAGCGCUCUACCCCGAAAACACCCUCCUCGCCUUCCGCGCGGCACUCGAUGUCGGCGCGCACGCCCUCGAGACGGACCUGCACCUGUCAAAGGACGGCGUCGUCGUCCUCUCGCACGAUGGCACGCUGAAGCGCUGUUUCGGGGUCGAUGCCAAGAUCAACGAGUGUGAUUGGGAGUACUUGAGCACGCUGGAGACGAUGAGGGAGCCGAGGCAGAGGAUGCCGCGGUUGAUUGACUUGUUGGAGUUUUUGGCGGAGGAGGGGAGGGAGAAGGCUUGGGUCUUGCUCGAUAUCAAGGCGGAUGACCCUGCCCCGGAGCUGUUGAGUCGCGUGGCGCAGGCUCUGGCGUCGACGCCGGGUCCUGUGCUGUGGGAUAAGAGGGUCGUAUUUGGAUGUUGGAACCAACCAUACAUCAACCACUGCGCAACCUACGUCCCCUCCUACCCCGUCGCUCUAAUCUCCUGGUCACCCCUCUACGCCCGCAAAUUCCUCGCCCAGCCGUCCAUCUCCUUCAACAUGUUCCAAAAGUCUCUCGUCGGGCCCCUCGGCAGGGCCUUCAUCAAGAAGGUCAGAUCAGAGGGCCGCAGGCUGUUCGUCUGGACCGUGAACGACGAGGAGUGGAUGGAGUGGAGCAUCCGUGCGGGCGUGGACGGGGUCAUCACCGACGAGCCGGAGGCGUUCCUGGAGGUCUGCAGACGGUGGGAGGGCGCGAAAGCGCUUCCCGGGACUUCUGCUGCCUCCGAGGACAUGACCGGGGGCGAGAAGAGGCUUGAGCAGCUCCGUCGGUCGAAAGAUCGCGGGUGGAAGAGGACGUUCAAGCUGUACCUCGAGGUCGUCUUCAUUCAGGUACUCGUGGCGGUGUUUACGCCGCUGCUUAUGAUUGUUGCGCGGUUCGGGGUUGUGGGACCGGGCCCGAAGGCGGCGAAGGCUUUGCGGUUGUGA